AUGGAACAUGUUGUGGAACCUGUUUCAUUCACUGUGUUCAUCAUCAAAACUUCAACUGGUUUUCCUAACAGGGUUCAAUUAAAUGCUUCAAUUGAUGUGGUCCAAUUUCUUCUAAAUCAUGGUUUAGCACUCCGUGGUCAUGAUGAAAGUGAAUCAUCCUUGAAAAAAGGUAAUUUUCUUGAAAUUGAAACAAUCAAAGCUAUAAUAAAGGAUUUAGAUGGUGACUACUUUUCUUUGUUGGUUGAUCAAUCAAGAGACGUAUCACGCAAAGAGAAAAUGGCUAUUUGCUUACAAUUUGUUGAUAAAAAGAGAUUUGUGAUGGAAGCAUUCAUUGGACUUGUUCAUGUUAAAGAUACUAGUUCUUUAUCUCUAAAAAAAGCAAUUGUGAAUGUUGCUCACCGUUCUUUAACUUUAGAUUAUGUACGAGGGCAAUGCUAUGAUGGGGCAAGAAAUAUGCGAGGUGAGUUAGGUGAUCUUAAAACAUUAAUUAGACAGGAAAGUAGAUCGGAUCACUCCGUUCAUUGUUUUGCUCAUCAACUUCAAUUGACUCUUGUUGUGGUUUCUAAAAAGUGUGUUCAAAUACAAGAACUUGUAUUAUUGACUUCAAAUAUUUUAAAUGUGUUGGGGGCUUCCUUUAAAUGUGUGGAUGAAUUUCGAGAAUCUCAAAAAGAAAAACUCCAAGAGGCAUUAGAUAUGGGUGAGCUAGAAAUGGGUAGAGGUUUGAAUCAAGAACUUGGUCUUAUUAAAGUCGGUGACACUCGUUGGGAAUCUCACUACAAGUCGUUUGGAAACUUUAUUAGUAACUUUGCCUUCAUUGUUGAUAUACUUGACUCUCUUGUUGAAAAUGCAAGUACUUCGGAAGAAAAAGCUAGUGCAUUAGGAUUUCUUAGAAGUUAUCAAACUUUUGAGACCAUUUUCUUGUUGCAUUUGAUGACUGAUGUUUUAGGAAUCAUAAAUGAUCUUAAUAUGUCAUUACAGAAAAAGGAACAGGAUAUUGCUAAUGCCAUGAUUCUUGUACAAGUAGCAAAGAGAAUAUUGCAAGCAUUACGAGAUAAUGAAUUUGAUCCUAUUUUAAAAAAGAAUGUUGGUUGGGAUUCGCUCAAAGAAAAGAUUGAGCUACAAAAACUUAAUGACCAUUUUAAUGAGGUGACAAGUGAUUUGAUUAAUGGUGUAGCUUGCUUGAAACCAAUUGAUACAUUUUCUAGUUUUGACAUCCAAAAGAUAUUGGUCAUGGCUAAAUUAUAUCCUAAUAACUUUGAUGAAUUCAACAUGGGGGUUCUUGAGAAUCAAAUUGUUAAUUAUAUUAUUGAUGUUCGUGAUAUUGAUAAAAGAUUCUUCAAUUUAGACGAACUUGGGAAACUUUCAAGAAAGUUGGUUGAGACAAAGAAGCAUUUAACCUAUCCUCUUGUAUUUCUUUUAGUGAAGUUUGCUUUGCUUCUACCUGUUGCCACUGCAUCAGUUGAAAGAGCUUUUCCGGCAAUGAAGUAUAUCAAGAAUGAUUUGCAAAAUCGAAUGGAUGAUGAAUUCUUAGAUGGUUGCAUAGUGCCUUAUGUAGAAAAAAGAGUAUUUAAGAAUAUUUCUAAUGAGUGUAUUAUAGAAAUAUUUCAAGGGAUGAAGCGUCGCCGAAUGCACUUGUAA